GAAGAUGAAAUCCUUUUUGCCCGCACUUUUCAUGCUGUUGUAAAAAACAUUACACAUCUUUGCAGUCGUGAUCGCUCUCGUGUUUGGGGUGGAGAAGGAUGGCAAAAAGUUGUUGUAUGUGUUGUAUCCGAUGGUCGUAAAAAAAUUAAUCAACGUACUUUAGCUUAUUUGGCAGCAAUUGGUGUAUAUCAGGAUGGCAUUGCAAAAGAUACCUUCAACAAUAAGGAUGUUUCUGCUCAUAUUUAUGAGUAUACAACUCAACUUUCAAUUGAUCCUGAUAUGAAAUUUAAAGGUGAAAAGGGUGAAAUCGUUCCUAUUCAAGUCUUAUUCUGUCUUAAAGAAAAGAAUGCUAAAAAGAUUAACUCUCAUCGUUGGUUUUUCAACGCAUUUGGUGCUAUGCUUAAACCAAAUGUAUGUAUUCUUCUUGAUGUUGGUACCAAACCUGGCGGUACUUCCUUAUAUCAUUUGUGGAAAGCUUUUGAUCUCAAUUCUAAUAUUGCUGGUGCUUGUGGUGAAAUCGUUGCUAUGAAAGGAACUGCUGGUGUUAAUCUUUUAAAUCCUAUUGUUGCCGCUCAAAAUUUUGAAUAUAAAAUAUCCAAUAUUUUGGAUAAACCACUCGAGUCUGUAUUUGGGUAUAUCACCGUAUUACCCGGUGCUUUCUCCGCUUACCGUUAUCGUGCUCUUCAGAACGACCAAAAUGGAAAUGGUCCUUUGGCUUCUUAUUUUUUGGGUGAAGCCGCUCAUGGUUCUGAUGCCGAUAUCUUCACCGCUAAUAUGUAUCUCGCUGAAGAUCGUAUCCUUUGUUUCGAAUUGGUGGCUAAGCGUAAUUGUUCUUGGUUAUUGCACUAUGUUAAAUCUGCGUACGCGGAAACUGAUGUACCUGAUCAAGUGCCUGAAUUAAUCUCUCAAAGACGACGUUGGUUAAAUGGUUCUUUCUUUGCUGGUGUUUAUGCUAUUUGUCAUACUUUUGCUAUCUGGAGAAGUGAUCAUACUGUGAUUCGCAAACUCUUUUUACACGUUGAGAUGGCGUAUCAAACAUAUAAUCUUAUUUUCUCAUGGUUUGCCUUGAAUGUUAUUGAGGGCCUUUGGAGUAAAACUGCGGGUGACAUAAUUUUCCAGAUCUUACGUUACGUUUAUUUGGCGCUACUUAUGAUUCAGUUCAUUUUAGCCAUGGGAAAUAGACCUCAAGGUACAAGAUGGGCUUACGUCAGCUCAAUAGUAUUCUUUGCCGGCCUUAUGUUAUACAUGUUGUUUGCAACAGGCUGGCUUACAUAUAAAGGGGUUAAAUUCCAGUUAGAAGAUUUACGUAACUCAAGUAGUCUUACUGGUGCCAACACGUCCACCGCCGGGGCCAUUUUGAAUGAUUCUACUUUUAGAAAUAUUAUCCUUUCCGUGGUCACUACAUAUGGAUUAUAUUUUUUUGCAAGUUUCUUGUUCUUUGAGCCAUGGCAUAUGUUCACCAGCUUAGGACAAUAUCUGCUAUUGGUACCAUUUUAUAUAAAUAUCUUAAACGUUUACGCGUUUUGUAACGUCCAUGAUGUCAGUUGGGGUACAAAAGGUGAUACUGGAACAAAAAAAGAUUUGGGUACUGUUGCUGCACCUGGGAAGGGUGGUGAAGUUGAAGUUGAAGCACCUGUGGAUCAAAAGGAUAUUAAUGCUGCAUAUGAUGAAGCUGUUAACGAAUUAUCACGGCAUGUUGAAGAGGAACAAAAGCAACCUUCAGAAGCAGAAAGACAAGAAGAUUAUUAUAAAGCAUUCCGUACAGAAGUCGUGCUUGCUUGGACCAUUAGCAAUGCUGCAUUAGUAGCUGCUGUUACAAAUGGCAGUUCAACCUUAAAUUCAAUAUUGCCUCAACAAAAAAGAAGUAAUGAUUAUAUGGCUUUCAUUCUUUGGUCUGUUACUGGAUUAGCUUUUUUCAGAUUUUGCGGUUGUUGCACGUAUCUACUUUUUAGAUUGUUUACUGGUUAG